GGAAGUGACCCAAGGCGGCUGGAAUGCCAGCCUGGCUCGGCCGAGGCUGCCGCGCCGCGUCUCCCGCUCGCCUCGUCGCGCGGCUGCUGCUCCAGCCAAGCCCCGGGCGCGGCGGCGGCGGCGCUUCAGCCAGGCGCUUCAGCCAGGCGGGGGCUUCUCUCCCGACGGCCCGCCGCGGCCAUGCCGCACUUCACGGUGGUGCCGGUGGAGGACAAGGCGCGGGCCGGCUACGACGACUUGGAGGGGCUGAGCUGGGUGGACUACAGGCAGCCCGGAGAGGACGGGGCGCCCCGCCAGCGCGACCCCUACGACUCGGUCAGCUCCGACGGACAUGGAAAUCAUAAGGAAAGUAGCCCCUUCCUCAACACGCCAGAUCAAGGCAAAGGAGAUUACUAUGACCGAAACUUGGCUUUAUUUGAGGAAGAACUGGAUAUUCGCCCCAAAGUGUCUUCUUUAUUGGGCAAAUUGGUCAGCUACACAAACCUCACUCAAGGAGCCAAGGAACACGAAGAAGCAGAAAAUGCCGAAGGCUCGAGAAGUAAAGUUUCAAAAUCUCCCAGCAUGGGAACCCUGAUGGGUGUCUACCUGCCAUGCAUGCAGAAUAUUUUUGGGGUUAUCCUCUUUCUUCGGCUGACGUGGAUAGUGGGAAUGGCAGGUGUCGUCCAGGCCUUCCUUAUUGUCUUAAUCUGCUGCUGCUGUACCAUGCUGACAGCUAUAUCAAUGAGUGCAAUUGCCACAAAUGGUGUCGUUCCAGCUGGUGGUUCCUACUUCAUGAUUUCAAGAUCAUUGGGUCCUGAAUUUGGAGGUGCAGUGGGACUGUGUUUCUACUUGGGAACCACAUUUGCAGGUGCCAUGUACAUCCUGGGAGCCAUUGAGAUCCUACUAACCUAUAUUGCUCCCCAGGCUGCCAUUUUCCAUCCAACUGGGGCCCAUGAUACUUCCAAUGCCACCCUGAAUAACAUGCGAGUCUAUGGGACCUUAUUUCUCACCUUCAUGGCUCUUGUAGUCUUUGUGGGUGUAAAAUAUGUUAACAAGUUUGCUUCACUCUUUUUGGCUUGCGUCAUCAUUUCCAUCUUAUCCAUCUAUGCUGGGUCAAUUAAAUCCAUCUUCAGUCCACCUUUUUUCCCGGUGUGCAUGCUGGGCAACCGGACUCUUUCCAGGGACCAGUUUGAUAUUUGCGCCAAAACGAUGGUGGUCAACAAUGUGACGGUGCCCACCGAUCUCGCCAACCUCUUUUGCCCGGAUUACAACAUAACCUCUGGCCACUGCGAUGAAUAUUUUCAUUUAAAUAACGUAACUGAGAUUGUUGGUAUCCCGGGAGCUGCAAGUGGAAUUUUGAAAGAUAAUGUCUGGAGUAAUUACUUGGAGAAAGGCGAGAUCCUGGAAAGAGCGAGCUGUCCAUCUGUUGACGUAGCUGGAAAUAAGAACAACCUCCACUUGUACGUCUAUGCAGACAUUGCAACUUCUUUCACUAUCCUUGUUGGCAUCUUUUUCCCCUCUGUGACUGGCAUCAUGGCCGGCUCCAACCGAUCAGGAGACCUCAAGGAUGCCCAAAAGUCUAUUCCAGUGGGAACCAUUCUUGCUAUUGCCACCACAUCUCUUGUCUAUUUCAGCUGUGUAUUGUUGUUUGGAGCUUGCAUUGAAGGCGUUGUUCUUCGAGAUAAGUAUGGUGAUGCCGUGAAUAAGAACUUAGUGGUGGGCACGCUGGCCUGGCCCACACCAUGGGUCAUAGUGAUUGGGUCCUUCUUCUCUACAUGUGGAGCAGGUUUGCAAAGCCUCACUGGAGCUCCACGUCUCCUUCAAGCCAUUGCCAAGGACAACAUUAUUCCAUUCCUCAGGGUGUUUGGUCAUGGAAAGGCAAAUGGAGAACCCACCUGGGCUCUUCUGCUCACAGCCCUGAUUGCCGAACUCGGCAUUCUCAUUGCCUCCCUUGAUAUGGUGGCCCCAAUCCUUUCUAUGUUUUUCCUAAUGUGUUACCUGUUUGUCAACCUGGCCUGUGCAGUGCAGACUCUCUUAAGAACUCCUAACUGGCGUCCCAGAUUUAAGUAUUACCAUUGGGCCCUGUCCUUCUUAGGGAUGAGUAUCUGCCUUGCCCUGAUGUUCAUCUCCUCUUGGUAUUACGCUUUAGUGGCCAUGCUCAUUGCCGGCAUGAUCUAUAAGUACAUUGAAUAUCAGGGGGCAGAGAAGGAAUGGGGUGAUGGUAUCCGGGGCCUAUCUCUAAGCGCUGCCCGGUAUGCUUUGCUGAGAUUGGAAGAAGGUCCUCCCCAUACCAAGAACUGGAGGCCCCAAUUGUUGGUAUUGCUGAAACUGGAUGAGGAUUUGCAUGUGAAAUACCCCAGGCUCUUGACAUUUGCUUCGCAACUGAAGGCCGGGAAGGGGUUGACCAUUGUUGGAACUGCAAUACAAGGCAACUUUCUGGAAAGUUACGGAGAAGCCCAGGCAGCUGAGCAGGCCAUCAAGAAUAUGAUUGAGAUUGAGAAAGUCAAAGGAUUUUGCCAGGUUGUUGUAGCUAAUAAGGUCCGUGAUGGCAUUGCCCACUUGAUACAGUCCUGUGGAUUGGGUGGCAUGAAGCACAACACAGUGGUUUUGGGGUGGCCUUAUGGCUGGAGGCAGAGUGAAGAUCCUAGAGCUUGGAAGACCUUUAUAGACACUGUCCGUUGCACAACUGCAGCCCACCUUGCCUUGCUUGUGCCGAAAAAUGUGUCCUUCUAUCCCAGCAAUCACGAGCGUUACAAUGAAGGGACCAUUGAUGUGUGGUGGAUCGUGCACGAUGGAGGCAUGUUGAUGCUGCUUCCGUUUCUCCUUAAACAGCAUAAAGUUUGGCGAAAAUGCAAAAUGCGAAUUUUCACCGUGGCCCAAAUGGACGACAACAGCAUCCAAAUGAAGAAAGACCUGGCCGUCUUCCUUUACCACCUCCGAAUUGAGGCUGAAGUAGAAGUGGUGGAAAUGCAAAACAGUGACAUCUCGGCCUACACUUACGAGCGGACCUUGAUGAUGGAACAGAGAUCGCAGAUGUUAAGGCAGAUGCGGCUGACCAAAACGGAAAGAGAGAGGGAGGCUCAGCUGGUGAAAGAUAGACACUCAAUCAUAAGAUUAGAGAGCCUUUACUCCGACGAGGAGGAUGAAGGGGAAGCAAUCCCAGAAAAGAUCCAGAUGACUUGGACGAAAGCUAAACACGACUCUGAGAAUCAGAUCGGAAAUAGUGUGGUGGAGCACUUCAAAGAACUUAUUAGUCUUAAACCUGACCAGUCAAAUGUCCGAAGGAUGCACACUGCUGUGAAGCUGAAUGAAGUCAUUGUCAAUCGGUCCCAUGAUGCUCGACUUGUUCUUCUCAACAUGCCUGGUCCACCCAAAAACACAGAGGGGGAUGAAAACUACAUGGAAUUUCUUGAAGUUUUAACUGAAGGUUUGGAGCGUGUGUUGCUGGUUCGAGGUGGAGGGCGAGAAGUCAUUACUAUUUACUCCUGAUCCAAAAAGAUUCGCUCUAGUUACUUUUCUACCUGCUUGGCGAGAAAAGACAUUCCAGAUGGAGAGGAUUCCGACUUCUCUUGCUUUCUGUUCCUCGGUUUUCACACGUGCGCACCAAUACACUACAGAUGUGAAUUCGAAUUCCAGUGAAUUCUUCCAUUGGCCAUGUAUCUGAGUAUUUCCGCCAGGGACACGCGUUUAAUCACAAAGCUGGGGUGCCAGUUCGCUUCUGCUUUUCUAUUCUGAUAGAUUUCUGUGCAGUUUCAAUGCAGAAGCUUUCCAUGUAUUUUUUUUUUUCCCAAAAAAAACAAGUACGAAAUUUUAAGGUGUGUACAUUGCUAAAGGAGGACUGAAUUUGGUUAUUAGGUAACAGGAUUUGAAAACAAAUCAAUUCUUUGUUAGGAUUUCAGGGGGGCUUUUAUAGAACUGCUAGUUUUUUUUCUGCUCAAUAUUUUUUACGUGAAAAGAACCCUGCAUUGUUUUUAAAAGGUGUGUGUGCGUGUGUGUGUGUAUAGUUUUUGUAAACCCACCACAGCCACAAUUUCAGUGUUGGAUAAGAAUUUAUACUUCACCAGUUUUAAAUUAUAACAUUACGGUUUCUUGCAGUGUUACAUACAAAACUGGGGGUCUCAGAUUGAAAUAGACCCUCUAUGACCUAUUUAUUUUUUUCCUAUUUAUUGAUUAGAAUCAGUGGCAAUAAAAAUAUCACCUAGAGUAAUUUGUUAAAGUUGUGUUGCUGCAAUAAGAGAGCCUGCUGGCAGCUAAAUUUGCAACUGUCAACUAGGGGUAUUUUUUUUUUAAGGGUAUUUUUUAAAGAUUUACUGCUAUCUUUGUCCUCUUCCAAACUGCAGGCAAAUAUAUAGGUCACACUUAUCUAAACUUGUUAAGUACACAAUAUGCUCGCUACAGUUCGAAGAGUGGUAAACAUUAAGGAAAGGACAUUUUGUACUCGAAACGUAGUUUUUUAAAAUUAGUUUUCACAUCCGUUCAUUUGUACUUAUUGUACAGGUCUGUAUCUUUCUCUUUUUUCCAAUAAAACAUUGCAUACUUUUGAAUCUGUA